AGACCCCCACCAAAAAACUUCCGGAAUCCCCUUUCUUCUCCUUCUCCUCCCCCCCUCCCCCAUUCUUUCUCACACCCACACUAUCUCUUCACGGCGCAAUCAAAGCGGUUUCGCGGUGUUUCCGUCUCCACUCAUCGGCGCACACUGGUGACAGACAAGCUCUCUCUUUCAUUUCUCUUGAACAACCGCUUGAAAGUUUCUUUCUUGUAUACACAAACAGAAAAUUUCGGUGUAAUAUAAUCGCUAAAUCCCACCGAGACACCCAAAAAACAGAGGCGGCGAAUUAGGGUUUUUUUGGGUUUUCCUGUAAUUCAACGGUUAAGGGUGGGGUCGGUCUAAUCUUAAUUUCUUGCGGCUAAUGUUACGAAUGCAGAAUGCGCUUUUAUUGAUUAUUCACGCUUGUUUCUUACUGUAUUGAACGAACAAACCCUAGGUUUAUGUUUGUUUUCUGUAUUGUGAUGUUUUAAGCACUAGGGUUUGAUUAUUUCUUUGUAAUGUGCUUGAAGUAUUGUUCAUCUAGAGGUGUUCGAUAUUGUGUUUUUGGAUGAUAUAAGGCUGUUUUUUUUUUUUUGGAGGGUGUUAACUGAACUUAUUUAUAAGAUGAGGGUCUUGUAAGUUUGGUCAAUCUUGAAAUAUGGUGUCCUUCUGAACAGUGACAAGGGUUGUUUGUCUUUGUUCAUUUUUGGAACCGAAACUACAUUGAUACCUAUACUAUAGGGAGAAAAAGGACACUGCCGAAUAGUGUACAUGAUAGCUUCCAAAUUCUUUUGUUGGAUGGUGAGGAUGUUGUUGAAGGGCUAGGAACUUGGGAUUAGAUAUGUUGAGCGCCAUGGUUAUGUAAUGCGGGUUUCGUAAUUGGAGACAAAGUUGGAAGAGUUUGAUCCUAUAUACUUCGAUGUACGAUUGGUCUUUUUUAUUCUUUCCUUAUGAUGUUCAGUACUAAUUAUGGAAAGAACUGAGCCAACGUUUGUACCCGAAUGGUUAAAGAGCAGUGGAAGCUUAAGCACUAUCUCUCACCAAUUUACAUCAUCUUCAUUGCACCCUGAUGAUCAAGGUGUAUCAAAGUCUUUGAGAACUAAGUCAUUAGUUAACAGCGGUGACAAUGAUUUAGGACGCACUUCUGUUUCAGAUCGAACAACUUCUUCAUACUUUCGGCGCACUUCUAGCAGUAAUGGUGCAGCUCAUUUAAGGUCUUAUAAUAGUUUUAGUCGGAACCAUCGUGAUAGGGAUUGGGACAAAGACAUAUAUGAGUUCCGUGAUAAAGAAAAGUCUGACAAUAGGCACCGGGAUUAUUCUGAUCAUCUGGCUAACAUUUUGCCAAGUAGGUUUGAGAAAGACGGGUUAAGGCGGUCACAUUCAAGUCUUUCUGCAAAGCGAGGUGAGUCAUGGCCCAGGAAAGUAGCAGGUGACAAGAAUGGCCACAACAAUGGGAGUGCCUUACCUUCUGUUGGCACUUCCAGUAGCAGUGGAAAGGCUGCAUUUGAGAGGGAUUUUCCAUCACUUGGGGCAGAAGAAAAACAAGCAGAUACUGAGAUAGGAAGAGUCCCAUCUCCUGGGUUAACUACUGCCAUUCAGAGCCUACCAAUUGGUAGUUCAGCUGUUAUUUGUGGUGAUAUGUGGACCUCGGCAUUGGCUGAAGUGCCUAUGAUCGUUGGGAGCAAUGGAAGCAACAUUUCUGUUCAACAGCCUAUUCAACCUACUUCAGUUUCUGCAACGACAAGUAUGACAACUGGCCGCAACAUGGCUGAAACUUUAGCGCAGGGUCCUUCUCGAGCUCGGACUACUCCACAGUUGUCUGUUGGAACUCAAAGGCUUGAAGAGCUUGCAGUCAAGCAAUCCAGGCAAUUGAUUCCCAUGACUCCUUCAAUGCCUAAAGCCCUGGCGUUGAACUCUUCUGAUAAGCCAAAGCUUAAGGUUGGGCAAUCACAGCUUCAGAAUUCUCACAUUGUCAAUCACCCACCCUCCCUUCGACCCGUGUCUGUGAAAUCUGAUGUCACCAAAGUAUCAACUGUGGGAAAACUCCAUAUCCUUAAGUCAUCACGUGAAAGGAAUGGUACCACUUCUACUGCGAAGGAGAGCUUGAGCCCGACAGGUGGUAGUAAAUUACCAAAUAGCCCUCUUGCUGUACCAGUGGUUGUUGGAUCUGCUUCAUUGAGAAACACAGGUGGUUCAACCAUUGUGGCAGACCGCAAACCUUGUGUGGAGAAGAGACCCUCCCCUCAAGCUCAGAGUCGAAAUGACUUCUUUAACCUUAUGAGGAAGAAAUCUAUGGCAACCAACUCAUCAUCUCCUGGUGCCUCUGAGGCUGGUUCUUCUGAAUCGACUAAUGAUAAGCCUGGUGAACCUCAGGUUGGUGGGUAUGAUCCAGUGGUGGUGGAUAGGUCUUGUGGUGUCCAAACUUUGAGUGAGAAUAAGGUUGAUUUUAGCUGCAACGGUGAUGCAACCGAGAGAUCUAAUAAUGAAAAGAACCAUUCAAGCUCUGAUGCCAUUUUGUACUCGGAGGAGGAAGAAGCAAGAUUCUUACGGUCACUGGGAUGGGAGGAAACCACUGAGGAAGAAGGCCUCACAGAAGAAGAGAUUAAUUCUUUCUACAGGGAUGUAAGUAAGUAUGUGAAUUUAAAAACGGCUUCAAAUUUUUUCAAAGGAACGCAGCCGAAAUCUUUGAUGCCACUCAACUUACAGAUGGGGAAAAAUGGUGACUCUUGAGCUGCUGGACUUCUCGACCCGCCAAUGGAUAGGUCUUGUUUUGGUUAUUUUCCCGUUCGAUGAGAAGGGAAAUCUGAAAAGGUUUUAGUAGUGCAUCGCGAUCUUAGAACUGUGUUUUGAAGGUCUUCACCCUCUGAGAAAUGGGUGUUUUCUUGAUCUUUAAAGGGUUGAGAUAAAAAGAGUAGGCAUUAGGUUUUUCUA